AUGGCCAGGGCAGCUCGGGUGCCGGGUCGAGCUCUAGAAGACAGGCGCCCAUCACGCGAGGCGAGCGAGAUUCUUAACAGCAUCCUGAUUUCACAACCUGAAGUCGACAUCGAGAGGGAGAAGGAACGACUUGCUCUAGCUCAACCUCACCAUGCGGAUGAGAUCGAUGAUGAGGCCGCGCCACCUCCAGUCGUUGCGCAGGUCGAUCAAGGCGACGAUGCUCGACGAGGAGGUCGAAGCAGGCAUGACCACUCUGGAAAAAGGGAGAAGCAUACCAAGUUUGGCGAGUACAUCCUUGGAAACACAAUAGGCGAAGGCGAGUUUGGCAAAGUUAAGCUUGGUUGGAAGCAAGAUGGCGGUGUUCAGGUCGCCAUCAAGCUAAUAAAGAAAGAUCAACUGGGUAGCAACCCAUCGCGCAUGGCAAAGAUCAUGCGGGAGGUUGCCAUCCUAAAACAACUAACACAUCCCAACAUAGUCCGACUACACAAGAUGGAGGAGUCCGAGAGGCAUUACGGUAUCGUCCUCGAGUACGCAUCUGGCGGAGAGCUUUUCGACUACAUUCUAAAUCACCGCUAUCUCAAGGACAAUGCUGCACGUCGAUUGUUCGCUCAACUCGUUUCUGGUGUUGGCUACCUGCACAAGAAGGGUAUUGUCCACCGUGAUUUGAAGCUCGAGAAUUUGCUCCUAGACCGGAACCGUAACAUCAUCAUUACGGACUUCGGUUUUGCGAACACGUUUGACCCGAACGAAGAACUCACUGAAGAUGAGGAGCUGAAUCUACAAGAUCGCGAGUUUGUCAAGCGCAUGGGGUUGGACAAGACUAAGGCCAACGGCUCGAGGAAAGGAGAUCUCAUGCAGACUAGCUGUGGUAGUCCGUGUUAUGCCGCGCCCGAGCUUGUGGUCAGCGAUUCCCUGUACACUGGUCGAAAAGUCGAUGUCUGGAGCUGUGGCGUAAUUCUGUACGCCAUGUUGGCGGGCUACCUCCCGUUUGACGAUGACCCAGCGAAUCCUGAAGGCGAUAACAUCAAUCUUCUAUACAAGUACAUUGUCAACACCCCUCUAACUUUCCCAGAAUAUGUCACGCCACAUGCCAGAGACCUUCUCCGAAGGAUAUUAGUACCUAACCCCCGCAAGCGCGCAGACUUGUUCGAGGUCGCACGUCACAGCUGGCUCAGCGAAUAUGCGCAUGUGGUCGAGUUCAUCACCAGCAGCACUACCACGCCAGGCGAGAUUCAGAAUACGACCGUUCCCGCAGAAGAUAGCGACGUCAGGCUUAACCGAAGCGCGUCCGUACGGGAGUCUUCCAAGAAGGCCGCGGCCUCUCCUGCUCUUGGAGGUCUCGCAUCAAAGCAGGGCACUGUUGAUCCUGAAGCGGAGGCUGCUGCUUAUGCUCGGCAGCAGAAAGAUAACAAGCGUAGGACAGUCCAGGUCGAAUAUGUGGCACCGACCACUCAGACCCAACGUGGGGAGCCGUCUAGUCAGCCAGGCACCCCCGCGAAGACGAGAGCUCGCUCUGGAAGCCAGGGACCUGUGGAGGUCCCUGAAUCGGCUUUCACGAAGGACAAACCUCUUCCUCGAGACCCACCCGUGUCAAGGGAUGGGUACGGCAAGACGGCAGCUCAGCGACGACCACCGAGCGCACAUCGUAACCAAAAUGUGCCGCCUUCCCGACCAAGUCGCGAUGGGCAACGUUCUGCCUCCGAUGCUGCUUUCAUGACAACAGUUGCAGGUGCUUCAACCGGACGACCGGCUACAGGUGGUUCAACGGCCUCGAUGGGCCUGGGUGCAGGAGGACGAGUUUCGUACGGCAAACCAAUACCCCCUACAGUUGCGGGUACUAACGUACACGGAAGGAUUCAACAACCUAAAGCCGGUGUAAAAGGCUACAAUAUCUCAGAACCCAUCCCGCAAGACCAGCCGAACAUGGACUAUGGACGACCGAGCAUCCAUGUUCCUUCCAAGUUUGCCAGAGUCUCUGGCUUUCCAGGCGAAGGCGAGGGUGGUGAGGUCAGAGGUCACAAGCGAUCCAACACUAUUGGUGAGAUUGGCGGAAAGAUCUUUGGUCGCUCUGGCUCUUUGUUUGGGGGUAGGAACCGCAAGAAGUCUGAGCAGCAGCCACAACCCGCAGAAAAAUCUAGGAAGUAUCCUCCUGUCAGCAUGAGUAACACGAUGCCCGGUGGCGACGAAGCUCCCGGCCGCCCUUCCAUGGAUUCGAAGCGGUCACGGCGCUCAUUCUCUCUGGCUCUUGGAAAGAAGAGGUCUGGCAGCAUGACUGGCUCUCACACGUCCCAGGAGAAGCACACUCGACGAUUCUCUCUGAUUCCUCAAUCCUUUUCUCGCGCCAUCGGUCUAGGCAAGGAGUAUGACAGCGGCCCGGGCGAGUCUCAACAGGAUCUCCCUAUCCAGGAGCCUCCUGCGGUUGACCAAUACGGUCGCUAUGUCGAUCAAAACGUGGAACGAACCGUGGACGCUUCUGCUCUCGAUGGCAUGUAUGCUCAGCUACAAGAUUCUCAGCCUGUACCAGCUCAGAACUCUAGUCCGGUUCAGCAGCGAUAUGGCUCCGCGCAACAUGAGCGAAGGCCGAGUGCGAUUCCGCAAUACAUGCAGCAAGGAAAUGUUCCGAACGCUGGAUCAGAAUCAUCCCUGGAUCGCCGACCACCCAACUCAGCGCCGUAUCAGACCAACUAUGCUGAGCCACAUGGUUUUGACGAUCGCCGAGUGACCAGCCGUGGUCACCGUGGCGUGUUGCAGAAGAACAAGCGCUUCGUUGAUGCGUACGACACAGACGACGGUUUUGCGCAACGUCACGACCAUGCCGGCAGCAGUGGUGCUGCAAGAAGAGUCAUGGAUUUCUUCAGGAGGAGAGGAAAAGCCAGGGGUGGAGAAGAGCGAUAA